AUGAAUGUCCACUUUACAUCUACAAAUCUUUGUUCUCAAUGUACAUCAUUUUUUUUUCAAUCGUUACGUUAUUUACCUCAAAGUGUUCAACAAAUGUGUGAAUAUGCAUUUAAAAAAAUCCCAAAUAGAAAAAUUGGCAAAGCCAGGCAUAAACAAGCAUUCAAAUAUGAUCAUAAAUUCAAAUCUUAUUUAUCAACUUUACAAUUAAAUUCUAAUUUAUUCGUUCUCAAUGAUCUUACAAUUGAUAGGCUACUGAGUCAAAUAUCUAAAGAAGAAAUUCAAUCGACUUUAUCGUUGUUAACAAGUGUAUCUUCAGAAAAAAACUUAUUGUCCUGUUUAUCAUGUCGAGCUGGACUUUCUCAACAUCUAACACAUAAUGAUUUAUUGAAAAUUGAAAAAUUAGUGUAUAAUCAAGUUCGCGGAUUUAAAACGCAUCAUUCAACAUUCAGUGGAGUAGGUGGUGAAAAUCGAUUAGCUGGUUUUAAGUCGUUUAAAUCACACACAUCUAGUACAAUUCAACAAGGUCAACCAUCGUCCUCACUCUUUCAACGAAUUAUUCGAUUGGUGCGCCCGUCGUCUCAAAGUGAAAAUAAUCGUUUAAACAAUUUACUGCAAGUGACAAAAAAUGCGGAUGAACAACAAAAAAUCAAAGUGGCAUUUGCUGAAGGUUAUGCUGCAGUAGUCGUUGACUCAAAACCAAAAGAUCGUCUAUCUUUGUUUAAAGUUGUACGUGUUAUAUUAUUCAUGGGAAUUAUGAUUAUGAUUCUUUUAAAUAUUAUUUCAGCAUUAGGUGGUGGUGGUGUUCGUGGUGGAUUUGCAAACGCUUUUUCAAAUAAAUUUGAAAUAAAUCCAGAAGAUGUGAAUGUGAAUUUUACAGAUGUUCGCGGCGCGGAAGAAGCAAAAGAUGAAUUACGCGACAUUGUAGCAUAUUUGAGAGAUGGUGAAAAAUUUACUAGACUUGGUGCACGCUUACCAAAAGGUGUACUACUUGUCGGUCCACCAGGAAUUGGAAAAACAUUACUUGCACGCGCAGUUGCUGGUGAAGCAGGUGUAGCAUUUUUUCACACAUCGGGUUCAGAGUUUGAUGAAAUGUUUGUUGGAACUGGUGCUCGACGUGUUCGUCAAUUAUUUACUGCUGCUAAAGCACGUACUCCCUGUGUUAUUUUUAUCGAUGAGAUUGAUAGUGUAGGUGCAAAAAGAACAAGUUCACAGCUACAUCCCUAUGCUAAUCAGACGAUCAAUCAAUUAUUGGCAGAAAUGGAUGGAUUUGAUAAAAAUGAAGGAAUCAUCUUAUUAGCUGCAACAAAUCGUCGUGACUAUUUAGAUUCAGCCAUUUUAAGACCAGGUCGUUUUGAUGUGGAAAUUCAUAUUUCACCACCAGAUUUACGCGGCAGAAAAGAUAUAUUUGAAUUGUAUUUGUCAAAAGUGAAACAUGAUCAUACUGUUGACACCGAAUACCUUGCCAAAGGCUCAACUGGAUUUACUGGCGCUGAUAUAGAAAAUAUGACGAAUCAAGCUGCUUUGUACGCCGCUCAACUUGAAGAACCAGCAGUUAACAUGAAACAUAUGGAAUGGGCGCGUGAUAAAGUUUUAAUGGGUACUGCUAGAAAAUCAAAAUUACCAGAUAUGGAAACGAAUAAAAUCACAGCGUACCAUGAAGCGGGUCAUACACUUGUUCGUUAUUUUACAGAUGAAGCAGAUCCACUUCAUAAAGUAACAAUAAUUCCACGUGGACAGGCUCUUGGCUUCACAGCUCAUAUUCCUGAUAAAGAUAUCUAUAAUCGAACACGUUCACAAUUAUUAGCAGAAAUGGAUGUGAUGUUUGGUGGACGUGCUGCUGAAGAAUUAGCGUUUGGAAUAGAAAAAAUUACCACGGGUGCAUCAAGUGAUUUUAAUCAAGCAACAAAAUUAGCUACAAAUAUGGUAAAACAAUUCGGAAUGUCGGAAAAAGUUGGUCAUCGAAGUUUCAAAGAGGAAGAACAAGAUGCUGGUAUGGGCUUUAUAAAAGUGAAUGAUAUUAGUCCAGCAAUGCAAGAAACAAUUGACUAUGAAAUUCGACGACUAAUGCAGGAAUCGUAUGAACGUGCCAAAAGUUUACUUAAACAACAUUCAAAUGAGUUGAAAACAUUAGCCGAAGCAUUAUUACAUUAUGAAACAUUGGAUGCUGAAGAAGUUAAAGCUGUUCUAGAGGGACGAAAAGUCUCAUCAUGA